AUGGAAAAAUUGCCAAAUUCCCAGCGAGCCCGCUUACCCACUCUAUAUGAAGUAUUAAACCAACAAACCGCUGCGCCUUUGGAUUUAUGGUCCUUCUAUACUUACCUGUCCCAAUACCCCCAUGCCAUAGUGUAUCUCGAUUUUUGGACUGAUGUGAUGGCAUAUCUGCGAUUGUGCAAAGAUUAUGUGAAGGGUAUACGAGAGUCUGUUCUUGAUGUUAACAAGCUUGAAACUCCUACUGUUUUGCAAGAAGGUAAUGGAGAUGACAAGAGAGAAUCAGUAUCAUCGGCAAUGCUUCUAGAGGCACUAAUGAAUGAUGGUUACUUGGAUUAUAAUGACUCACAGCGUGUGAGUCAGUUUUUGAAAGGUGAAACGGACUCUCCUCGUUUAUCUCAGCUAUUGCAGGACUGGAAACAAGUGAACAACGAUCAAAUUGAUUUCAGCGAUUUCGUAGAUGGGUUAGUCAAGAGUAAUGUUACGAAGGAUCAUAAACCAAAGCUCACCACAAAGCAGCUAAUAUCAAGUGCACAAGAUAUUGUAUCCACCUACUUACUCUCUCAAGAACAAAGUGAUAGAUUUUUAUUUGAAAUUCCAGCAUAUUUAAGAAACGAUACGAUAAGGCUUAUUAUGGAAGAGAAGAGACAUGACCCUGAAGUGUUCGAACCAAUUAAAGAAAUUGUUUAUCAAUUCUUAGAAGUGGACUGUUUCCCAAGAUUCUUAGGAUGCGUUGCAUUGCACAAUUUACAUGAUGAGAUUGUAUUGCAAAGACCUAAGAAAAAUAAAUCAUACAACUCUCGUUCAAACUCUCCCUUCAGCCAAUGGUCUACUGCCUCCAGACUUACUAUUGGACUCGCAUGGUGGCUGGUAGGGCUUUGGAUUGGUUAUACACUAAUAUUUAUGAACUACUCGAAGGGAAUAAGGGUGGUAUGCAUUGUUCCAUUUUUUUUGGGAUCUUACUACAUAAUAUGUGGUAUCUACUUAGUAGAUAUCAUCUACGCAUUCAGUGGAGUUACUCAAACACUAGUUUCAAAACGUAAACUUGAUGACCUGGAACUAAGAUCGAUGAAUAAUCAUCGUUCAAAUUCACUUCACUCUUCGAACGAGGUGCCCUGGUGGUUAACUAUUUUUGGAGGCAGAUCUAGAUUAUGCAAAGUAAAACAUCCGUUUGUGAACUCAAUAAUGAUAAGACGAGCCCUCUGGUGCCUACUAUUGGUCUUGAUUAUGACGGCAAUACUGACAGCAAUCUUUGCUGCCGUGCCUGGACGUAGAAUAUGA